AAAUUUUUAUGUAUUAUUAUUUUGAAUAGGAUGAUGUUGACAAGUAUAUGAAAAGAGAAGAAAGUCGUGGUAGUGCUGAAUUUGUUUUAAGAAGACUUGAUGAACAACAUAGCAAAUAUAAAUUUUUAGAAUGUAAUCUUUUACAAAAAAAGAAAAGAUUAAAGAAACAAAUCCCUGAUAUCAAAAUAUCACUUGAUAUAUUGAAGUUGAUGAAAAGUAAAAAGAAUUCAACAAGUCCAGUAGAAACACAGUUUUUGCUUUCAGAUCAAGUUUAUGUUAAAGCUAAAAUUCCUCCAACAGAAACUGUUUGUUUAUGGCUUGGGGUAAGUAAUAAAUUAUUCUCUUACAGAAGUGGGCAACAUUUUUAAGUGAUCAUGUCAAAAUCAAUCAAAAUCAAAAUCUGUGAUGCAAAAUUUCUCACGUGCGAACUGAAAUUUCUGGGAGUAUAU